AUGGACACAACCCAUUCGCUUUUCAUCACAGCCCUCUUCCUUUUAACUCAGUCCACAAUCGCAACACCGAUACCACAAGACGGCGAUGGCGGCGGCACAGGCUCAAUUCCCGACGGAAGCCUAGGCUAUGACCCCUCCGCUGAAGGCGACACCACGCCCGGCUCACAAGGCACCGAUAGCGGCGCGAAGAUCGGCAAAGGCGCCAUCAUCGGCAUUUCUGUUGUCGCGGCACUCAUUGUCAUUGCUGGAGUCACAAUGGCAAUCCUCUUCUGGGGCGCCAAACGCCGCCAAUGGGCCGUCGCCGAGACGAUCCGCCGCUCCGUCAAGCGCGUCGGCACGGGUCUGAAGAAUCUCACGCCCCGUACGCCGCAUAAGAUGACCUUCUCACCCAUCGAGAAGCGACGGGCAGGUGGUGCUGGUGAUGAGUUGCUGCUGCAGCAGAAGAGUCGCAACAAAAUCUCUCGCAAUGGAGGGGCGAGGGAUGUCGAGAAGUCCGGUGGCGCUGUUGCUUCAUCGACACGACAAGGGAGUAACGAGAGUUUCGUGAAGCAGCAAGAAGUUCCGCUCGGUGGUCCGAACACAUGGGCUGGUGGCAAUGUGGCGAGGAAAGAAAGGCCGGUUCCGCCGAGAGUGCAGGUGCCGGGCAAUCAGAAGCAGGUGGUCGAGAGUCCGACGCCGAAAACCCCGAUGUGGAAUAAGGUGUUUGGUCGAUGA